AUGGAUGUCGUUGAUGCAACCUUCCAUCGCCACCUACCAUGGAUUCUCUAUGAGCUGGCCUCGUGCUGCUUUGUGUCCCUGGAUCUGGAAUUGUCAGGAAUCGCGAUAAGUCCAGACAAACCAGGUGGCGAAGUCCAGACACUCCAGGAGCGCUAUGUCAAGGUAAAAGCAGCGGCAGAGAAGUACCAAGUUCUGCAGGUUGGCCUGACCAUUUGCCGCGAGAACUUGGUGACAGGGAAAUACAUCCUCAUACCAUACAACUUCAAUCUGAGCCCGAAUACUUUUCGUGAAUCUGAAAUCAGUCGAGACUGGACGUUCCAGAGCCGGGCGGUGGAGUUUCUGCUUGCAAAUGGCUUCAGUAUAGACAUUCAGUGCAAAUAUGGAGUGCCCUAUCUAUCUCGAGAAGAGGAAAAAGAAGCCAUUGCAAAGGCAACAGAGAGAUUGACCCGUCAAACGACGGGGAAGUCCCUGAAUAUCAAGGAAUCGGAUCAUGAAUCCUUGGAAUUCGUCCAGGCAGUGCGACAAGUUCUGACCAGCUGGCUCGCCGAAGGCGAAAACCACAACGCGUGGGUCAAUAUUCCACCACCGACUGGCAGCCUUCCUGGAAUGCCGAAGAUCUUGAGCAAAAUGCACAAAAUGCUUGUGCACCAUCUUAUCGAGAGUGAAUACCCAACCCUUGCUGCUCGAAGCCACUCUUCUUUCAUGACUAUUGAACCCUUGCACCCCGAGCGUGACAAGAAAGCCCAAGAGGCACGACUGGAGCGAAACAAAGCCCGGAUUCAGCAAUGCGUUGGAUUCCGAUGGAUUGUAGAGGCCCUGGUCGGAGGAAAUCUGACGGGUAUUGAAGAUGGCGCUUUCAAGCGGACCAUGGACACCAAAGCAGUGCGCCCUCGGUACACCCCAGACACCCCAAAAGAGCUCUCGAUGCGCGUAAAGCAGCGACUCAUGGAACACCGGCCCAUCCUUGUUGGCCACAAUAUCUUUACCGACCUGGUCUACUUUUGCAGAUGCUUCUUCGGCCCGCUGCCAGAUACCGUGGGAGAGUUCCAGAUCAUGGUGCACGAUCUCUUCCCCGUCAUAGUCGAUACCAAGUACUUGGCGACUCAUGACUGUGGUUCCGUGAAUCCUCCUUCGUCACUGGUAGAAAUUAACCAGGACUUGUCUCACAUAUGGAACCCCGUGAUAGCCAUUGACCCUCUGCAUGUCAAAUACAGCGGCCAGGAGCUCAACCACGAAGCCGGGUUUGACAGCAUGCUUACUGCCACAGCCUUCCUCAAGUUGUCAGCCAUGCUCGCUGGUGGUUCAUUUAAACGCAACAAAAUUAAGCAGCACCAACCGAAUGGGGGCAUGAAACGUUCUCAGCAAGGCCGUUCCCCCGUCAAAAAGAGCCCUGAAGACUUCUUCGCUGCCGAAAACGUCAAAUCUCUGGACAUGAUCGCUAACGGCUGGCUUCACACACGUGGGAGUACUCUAGAGGAAACAGGAUCUGCGGAGGUAGCGCACAAGGUCCGCAAUGGCGAGCUGAUUCCCCGACUGGGUAGUGAUUUCUGGAAUGUUUACAGCAACCGUCUGCGGGCUUUUGGCACGAAGGAACGGGUAGUGCAGCUUGGGGUUCAGGAGGAACAAGAGAAAAUGAUGAUAGAAUUUGGCUAG